GCGCAGGUUUGAUUGGAGGUCACCUUCACGGCAAUUGGCUGACAGAAAGAUCGGACAGGAUUGUCGCCUGGACACCGGAAGAAUCGGUGGUUGCAGGCAGGGGAGGAUGUGCAAGGGGAGGUGAACUCCAUACCAGCAGUCCUGGUGUCAGUAAGUACCUGAUUGGUGGCACGUGGGGCAUGGUGAGGGCUCUGUGAAAAUACCAAGAAAGUUCCUGUGGCUUAUCCGCCCCGAGUCCCUGCGGCUGCGGCGCGCAAUUGGAGAUGGGUGGCGUAGCAGCAGAGCAAGGGGUAGUUUUGAUGGCCAAUGGGAAAAUGGGUGCCACACUUCCCCGCUGGAGCCCGCCCAGCGACGCCGCCGGGCCCCUGCGACUGCGGGUGAGCAAUAGCUUGUGCGGGGAGAAGGUGGAGUUCGUUCCGGCGAAGGGGGGUAGGCAAGUGACUUGGUACAUAUGUGGUCCCACGGUGUACGACUCGUCCCAUGUGGGACAUGCGCGGAACUACGUGACCUUUGACAUCAUUCGGCGUAUCUUGGAAGAGUUUUUCGGCUAUGAUGUGUUCUAUGUGAUGAAUGUGACCGACGUGGACGACAAGAUUAUCAACCGGGCACGGCGGAUGCACCUUCUGCAGAAGUAUGCGGAGAGCCAGAAGAGUGCAGAGCAGGUUUUCAAGGAUGCAGCGAGUGCGCUGGGGGAGGAAAUCGACAAGCAAGAGAAGAAGCUGAAAGGGGUGGAGGCUGACACGUUGGCGGCAACGACCUCGCGGCAGCGGGAGGAUCUGGCAAACGCGUUGGCGCAGGAGAAGCUGAAGCUAGAGAAGCUUCAGGCAGCUGCUGCAGUGCUGAGCAAGGAGCGGGAAUCCCUUCUCGAUCCAAGUAAGAGUGCAAAAGAGGCCCUUGCUGGCAUCCUUGCCAUAGCUGCUGACGCGAUAGCAUCGUCCUUGGACGCCAAGGAAGGGGCUUCUGUAACCGACCUUGCAAUCUUCCGCUCUCAUGCUGCAAAGUAUGAGCAGGAGUUCUUUGAGGACAUGCAAGCUCUGGGGAUGCGUCCGCCUGACGUGAUCUGCCGGGUGACAGAGUCUAUGCCUGUCAUUAAGGACUACGUUCAGAAGAUCGUGGACAACGGAUUUGCAUACUUGUCGCAGGGCAGCGUUUACUUCGACACGGCCGCCUUCAAGAAGGCCGGGCACUUCUACGGGAAGCUCUGUCCUUGGGCGGUGGGGCAAUCGACCUUGGCAGCAGAGAGCGAGGCAAAUUUUGAGACCAAAGAGAAAAGGGAUCCGAAUGACUUUGCCCUUUGGAAGGCAAGUCGCCCAGGAGAGCCCUCUUGGGAGUCUCCCUGGGGUAAAGGACGCCCGGGAUGGCACAUCGAGUGUUCUGCCAUGGCCAGUGACAUCAUAGGCGACGUGUUGGACCUUCACUCUGGAGGGUGCGACCUGCGGUUUCCUCAUCAUGAUAACGAAUUGGCCCAAGCGGAGGCAUACUUUUGCAACUCCCAAUGGUGCAACUACUUCCUCCACUCAGGACACCUGCAUAUUGAUGGCUUGAAGAUGUCCAAGUCCUUGAAGAAUUUCAUCACCGUGCGUCAGGCUCUGGAGGACUGGAGCCCUCGGCAGCUUCGCCUCCUGUUCUUACUUCAACCCUGGGACAAGCCGAUGAACUACGGAGUCUCGUCGAUGGCCGAGGUCCAGAGCAAGGAGAAGCAGCUCACCAACUUCUUCCAAAACGUGCAGGUCUAUCUCAGGAAAACGCAGAGUAUGACCUCCUCGUCUCCAGGCUCGUCGCUGAGACUUGAGACAACCUGGAAUCAGCCUGAGAGAGAGCUGCGCCGUCGGCUUCUGGCAUGCCAGCAGGCGGUGGAGGAGAGGCUUGCAGAUAACUUUGACACCUCCGGUGCGAUCCAAGCACUGCUGGACGUUGUCAAUGGUGUGAACUCGUAUGUCGCCAAAGUCGAGGAUGAGUUGUCUUUGUUGCCGGCGGAGGUAGGCGGAAGGGGAACAGGAGUAGUUUUGCUGAGGAGUGUCGUGAGCUAUGUGACGCGGAUUCUGUCGAUUUUUGGGCUCUGUGAUAGGAGAGGUGGAUGGCUAGAGGUUGCAGCAGGCGUGGCGUCGUCCCAGAGCGACCGGGAGAGUGUCCUGGGGCCCUAUCUGGACGUGUUUGCAGCUUUCAGGGAUGAGGUUAGGGCGGCGGCGAGGUUGGGAGAUGGUGGCGGGGGAAAAGAAAUGAUUUUGUCUGCAUGCGACCGAGUCAGAGACGAGAGCCUCAUCGAUAUUGGCGUGAAACUUGAGGACAAACCGGGGGGCCAGUCGGUGUGGAAGCUGGAUGAUCCCAGUGUGUUGAAGAAGGAGCGGGAGCGGGAGAGGAGAGAGAGGUUGCAGGCGCCCAUAAAAAAGCUGGACCGCAAGAUUGCCAGCAAAAAACAGGAAUUGGAAAAAUGGGAGUGUGCAGCAGUUCCUCCCACACAAUUUUUCCUCUCGGAUGAGAAGCGGAAGAACUUCAGCGCCUUUGAUGCCCAGGGUAUCCCUACACAUGAUGCAGCAGGCAAAGGGCUGUCUGGUAAAGCAAGAAAGAAUGCGGAGAAAGAGGCAAGCAAGGUGCGCGACCUGCAUGCACAAUAUGCGAAGAAGGUUCAGGAGAAUCCAGGAUUUCUGGAAGAUGUGAGGCGAGAGUUGAAGGGGAUGCAGGAUGAGUUAUCCAGAUUGCAGGCUGCUGCAGGAGAGUGAGGGAGUUGUGGCCUAAAGAUAGCAUUACCUUCUGUCAUUUGGAUAUUGUCCUCGAUUGGCGAUUGUCUCUCUCCUGGUGACACACCACUGAUGUUAUGGUCACGUAUUUUUUUUUACCCUAGCCCUACUAUUUGUUUGUCUGUCAAUUUGCAGGAUAUUGAUUGAGUUAUAAUGCCUUAAAGCUGUGUUCUUUCUGAGCGGCACCUUCUGCGUUGAUCUGCUUCUAUUUGCUGGUUUGGCAAUUUGCAGGAUAUUGAUUUGAGUUUUUGCCUUACAGCUUUUCUUUCUCAGAGGCACCUUUUUUUGCUAUCCGCCGCUUUUAUUGCUGUUUGCAUUGGUUCAUGUGCAACGAAACCCAGUCGGAUGAGAAGCUCAUGAAUGUCGCAAUACAAGUCUGACACAGCGCAGCGUCAAUGUCUCCAAAAAACGUUUAUGAAACCAUGCUCGUCAUACAUGUAGUCUCCCAAUGUCUCGAACUCAGAGAAGAGAGUGAGGAGAGAGGGAGAAGAGCCUGAGCGGAGGAGGAGGAGGAGAGGAGUUUAGUUCUCCCCAGACGAUCUCUGACAUAUACAAAGAACAGGUCACAGCAGGGCGACCAUCCUCCAGCCACAUCAGCAGCAGUCAAGGUGGAUGUGGCGCAGAUGUUCCUCUUGGAGACGAGCAGCAAAGCACACGCUUCGUCACAGGUACGUCCAGGUAAGCUUUUCCUCAUCACUCACACCAAUCUCACAGUCCAGAUCCUCCUCCUCCUCCUCGCCCACACUCCUAUCAAUGUCGAAAUCAAAUGUGGCUAUGAUGGCCACGUUGGCAUAAUCACUGUCAAGGCUGGCGCCCACACUCAGAAACUGGCACCAGCAUCAAGCUCCAGCAGCCUUUGGUCUCCUGGGGUUGCCGCAUCAGCAUCAAGCCAGCGCCAGGCAGGAUGCACAAGACUGAAUGAUCUCCAAGCAGGGGCUGGGUCAACUUGUACUGUUGACUCACGUUGACCAGCCUCUGGUCUCGGUCGACGGCCCAGAUCAAUUGGAAGCCAAUGGCCUGGAUGCUGUACAGUUGCAGAUUUCCCACGUGUUCCACUUGGACCCGAUUCUUCCGGAUAACUGCAGAGAACCAAUGAUGUGCAUCUGAUCUACGGCUGUGGCUGACCAGCGGGUUGACUUUGACCUAUGGGCCUGGAUUCCCGUGCUGGGGUUGACCGUGGACUUUUGCAAUGUCAACUGUUCCUCCUAGGGCCUCUGACUGCUGGUUUUGGCCCUCCCAUGGGUACCCCUUGGCCUUAGGCUUUUGCCCAGGCUCUUUUUAGACUUGGGGUGUGACGUUUGACCCCCGCGUCGGGCCUUUGACCAAAAGUGACGACCUAGAGCCCACAGCUUAUGCAGAUUUGAGCCCAGUUAUUGCACAUGCACCGAUUGACGUGAAAUACUCCCCGGAACUUCGACUCCUACACGUCUUUGCGCAACAGCGCCUAAAGCACCUUUUAUUUGGCUUGUCUUUUGGUCUCCCUCUUGUUCACAUGGAUGUACUCUUCUUCAGUCUUCAUUCAUAUUGAGGUGAUUUCCAUUGUAACCUCCCGUCUUCGUUUUCCCCCAGUACUUUUUGUCUUUCUUACUACUGGUGAUGUCAUCCAGCCAGAGAUAAUGAUCCUGUGCCACGGCAAUUGAUGCUCCUGGGACUCGAGAAGUAAUGUUGUCGAAGUGUCAUGCGAGGAACCAUGUACGUGUGCCAGCUCGCAGCGAAAGAAGUAAAGAAGGUGCGAGAGUUGUAUGCGGAGUACUUGCAGAACGUUCGUGGAGGGAGGAGAUGCGGCAUCCAGAUUGCAGGCUGCUGCAAGAGAGUGAGGUAGCAGGUCACAGAUAGCAUGGCCUUCCCUCCCUUGCAUCCUGUGCUUAGUUGGAGGAUUACGUAGCUCACAUGAUGGCACAUUUCAUCCUUUUUGUUUUUAAUCCAAAGACCAAGGGCAAGGUGCCCGCAAUCUACCCGGAAUGAAAGGUGGAUGCUGGG